GCGACUCCCCGGCCAGCUCCAACUGGGCUGUGCUUGGAGGCGCGGAGGAAGAGGUGCAGUCGGUGAGCGAUGCUAGCGAUGCUAGCAGCCAGUCUGCGAAGUGUUUUCUCCCCAACACGGCCCUGCCCAGCGCGGACGGCCAUUUGCUGCGAGUGGAGCACCUGAAGCCAGGGGACCGUGUCCGCCAGAGCGAUGGCGCCGAGGCCUCAGUGGUGGACGUGAAGAAGCACCCCUCCAAGAAGAAACCCUACGAGGUGGUCGAGCUCAGCACGCACCAGGGGAAGUUUGCCUGCUCCAAAUCCCACCGGGUGGCUGUGCCGGGCGCCACAGGCCUCUGCGAUCAGCGUGCGGAUUCGCUGAAGCUGGGGGAUUGGGUCAUUGUGGGCAGCGAAGAGCGGAAGUUGACCAAGGUUUUGCAAUGGAUACGGCAGGAGCACACGGAUCUCUACGAGGAAAUGUUCCCCUUGAAGCUCGCCUUUGGCAUGCUGAGCUUCGGUUCAGACGCUGGCUUUGGUGCUGCAGCUGCAGGUGUCGCAGCAUCCUCUGACGCGCCGCCGGCGCGGGAGGGCGCCAGUGCGUGGGCGCAAUCGCUGGGCCGCAUGGGCAUGAACCUGGUCCUGGUGGCCAGGAAGCCUGGGCCGCUGAAGGAGCUCAAGGAGUUGCUGCAGAAGCACAAGGCGGAGAUUGAGGUGGAGCUGGUGACGCAGGACAUGGCCAACUUCACGGAGGUGACCUUCCUGGAGAUGCUGGGGGACAAGGAUGUCCGGGUGGUGGUCCACAACGCGGCCAGCCCGGGGCCCAUGGCGGCCUUCCUGGAUGCGGAGAUGAGUGAUAGCAUGACGUCCAUCGAUGUGAACGUUCGGAGUGUGGCAAUAGCCACGCACACCUUCGGCAGGUGGUUGAGAGAACGAGGCGCACAGGGAGGCAUUGUGCUGAUGUCUUCCCUUGCUGGGGAAGUAGGCUCGGCUGUGGUGGCAAACUAUGCGGCCACCAAGGCCUACAUCACGACCCUCGUCCGCGGCCUGAGUGAGGAGAUGACGCCCCGAGGCAUCGAUGUGCUGGCUUGCGUGGCCGGCGCCACGGUCACGCCUAACUACGUGGGCUACAUUCCCGAUGCGAGCAAGCGGAACAGCUGGAUUGAGCAGGAGCCUUUGGAGGUGGUCGCUGAGUGCCUUGCCACCUUGGGCAGGGAUCCGGUGGUGGUCACAGGGCCUUUUAACAAGCUGGGGCACUUCUUCCUGCGGUUCUGCCCGCGUGCGAUGAGCAGUCGGGUCUUUGGGCAGCAAACUGCGCAGCUUCUGAACGUCGAACUCUAGCGACAUGGCCUCAUCGAUGCGUGCGAGGUGGGUGCUUCGCACAAUGGCAGCAGAGAA